AUGAAAGACCUUGGUCAGCUUACUUACUUUCUUGGCUUAGAGGUACAUACUACAUCACAUGGUCUCUUCUUAAAUCAACAUAAAUAUAUUCAAGACUUGAUUGGAUUAGCUGAUCUCUUUGAAGCCUCCUCAAUUGAUAUGUUGCUGGAGCUUAAUGUUAACUAUCAAAAGGUCAAAGGAGAUAUUCUUCCAGAUCCUUCUCUUUAUCGAAGGUUGGUUGGUAGUCUCAUCUAUCUCACUAUCACACAUCCGGAUAUUUCAUCUGCAGUUCAUACUCUAAGUAAGUUUAUGGACGCCCCUCGUCAUCUUCAUAUGGUGGCUGUCCAUCGCAUUAUUCGCUAUCUUAUUGGAACUCCUCAUCGUGGUCACUUUUUCCCUCGGGGGUCGUCUCUUGAACUCACAGCUUACAGUGAUGUGGAUUGGGCUAGUUGUCCUGAUUCUCGUCAUUCUACUACUGGGUGGUGUAUUUUUUUUGGUGACGCUCUUAUUUCUUGGAAAUGUAAGAAACAGGACUAUGUUUCUAAGUCCUCCACUUAG